CACGACGGCUGAUGUUUAUUUUGUCGGUUGUUCACUUUAAAAGCACUUCACGCUGUGUUUGACAAUAGCGUUAAACAAUGCUGGCGUUAAGUUAAUAUAUUAGGUAAGACUCCAACUACGUAUGCUGCUCAACAGUUCGUUUAAAGGGAAUCCAAAUGAAUAAUGCUGUAAGAAAAAAGUUAAGACGCUCUGAAAUACACGAGCGUCUAAAACAAAAUUAUGAAGCUUUAUACGCAAGAUGUCCCCCAUUGGGUCCAAACAAAGAAAUGUUGGAUGAUAGUUUGACGAACCUGCAGUGGUUGUGGAAUCUAAAUGUCAGUAUGACGUUUCCAAUUGAAAUUAACAAGGGAGAGAAAAAUGGUAAACCAGCCAAGCAACAAGCUCGACAGGAGCAUGAGGCAAGCCCCUCUAAACCGCAAUGUGAAAAAUAUUUCAACCAAUCACAGAGGAGAAAAAUUUCGCAAACAACUUGGAAACAAACAAAACAAAUUGAAAAGAGAGAAAAACACCCGGUAAUGGGGAACGGGUCGAAGUUUGAGAAGCCUGCUUAUUCUGUAGCGCAACUUAUCUGCAUGGCUAUUGAAAACUCAAAGCAUAAAAAAUUAAGUUUAUCGGCAAUUUGCAAGUGGAUCCGAGAUAAUUUUGCUUACUACAGGAAUAUAGAAGAAUCACUUCAGAAUUCUGUUCGAUUGUGUUUGGUUGGUAAUGGAUACUUCCAAAAAUCAUCACCAAACGAAGCAAGCAACAAAUAUCUUUGGGAAAUUAAACCAAAGAUAUAUUUUGGUCGUCCUAUCUUUUCACAGGGUGGUAGCAAAGAUAUGACCCCACCCAACCUCCCAAUAACCAACGUUGACUUUCUUGAUUCAGCCUCCAAUCGGAAAAGGAAGCAAGUUGCUCCACAGAAGGUUAUACGAAGAAAAAACACAAAAAAGCGUCGAAACAUCAAUGAAAAUAGUUCUCCGGUUUCCCCAAAUUUGUUGGAGGAAGAAGCACCAGAGCUUGGUUCGUUGAAAGGAGAUUUUAAUUGGAAUUCAAUUCUUGACGGAUUGUUUCCAACGUCACCCGGAGAUUUAAGUUUGUCGGCAAACGAGGAAAAAGUUUGCAACGAAUUUCUCACCAAACACGACGGAUCAAUGUUUGCUCACAAUGGAUUCAAUGACAAUGUAAACAAAGAGAACGGAGACAAUGGAUUGUUGCCACACCUUCAUGAACAAUGUGAGGAUGGGUACUUCCCCUUUACUGAUACAAGCACAGAAGAAACAAAAUAUUUCAAAGAAUUUCUUGAUGAGAAAAAUGAGCUUGAUCUGACAGUGACGGGCCACCAGAUUGAGAUUCCGAGUGAGUGGGAACCCGUCACUUCAACAUUAAACGAUAUCUUGUGUGAAAAACAAGAUGAUAAUGUGGCUGGUUUUAGCCAAACACAAGCAAUUCAACAAACUGAUAAAACCAACCAUCCAUGGCAAGAAGUGGAAAACGCAACCGACGUUAUUGAGGAUAUUCUAAUGUCAACAUUUUAAAGCUUUCUAUAUUUUUCUACAUGUAACUUUCACUGUAUAUGAAAAGCAGCAUACAGCUGAGAUUAAUCUUUAAGUGUUUUUUUUAUAUUUCCUGUGAAUGCACUUAUGUAUUUCCAUGAUUUGUGAAGUUUAAAGUGUUUUUAUAAAUGCCAACCACAAGA